AUUAAGCCCUAGCGGGAGAGCCGCCUGGCAAAUGUGAAAUGUGCGCCAAGGCCCUGUGGGGGAUAUAAACAAACCACUUUUUACUGCAUUACUCCCGUAGGGCUUAAAUCAACAGCUUCUUCGUCAUCAAGCAUUAAAAAUAGAACAGAAAUAAUUAGCUCAUUUCAAAUCACAGUUUCAAAUUUUCUAUCAGUCACGUGCCAGGUGCCAAAUAGAAAUGUCCAACAUCCAUGUUUUGACAUUUUGUGUGUAAAAGAAGUGGCGAUUGAAAAAACAAAUAUUUAAGAAGAAUUAAAAGAAAAUCCAGUGCUGAUGUGUGACCCCAGUGUAUAGAGGUUGCUUUCUAAUUUGCCGCUAUGCGACCGUGGGAUAGUAAUUGUUAAAUAAACACAGAUUCUGCACCAAAAUGGUUGUAAAAUCGCCCCUAAAACGUACUGUUCGUAUUUUAUUACUAGGUGAUAGUGGUGUUGGCAAAACAUCCCUAAUUUUAUCCCUUGUAAGUGAAGAGUUCCCUGAAAAUGUGCCAGCGAAAGCUGAAGAGAUCACUAUCCCAGCAGAUGUUACCCCAGAACAGGUCCCCACAAAUAUUGUGGACUAUUCAGCUGCUGAACAAUCUGAGGCCGAGCUGAAUGAACAAAUCAAAAGAGCCAGUGUGGUGUGCAUUGUUUAUGCUGUAGAUGAUGAUGACUCGAUUGAUAGAAUCACCUCACAUUGGAUGCCAUUGAUAAGGCAGAAUCACCCAGACACUCCUUGUCCAGUAGUGUUAGUGGGAAAUAAGAUCGAUCUCGUGGAUUACUCUACUAUUGAUGGCAUUUUUGAAAUCAUGGAAGAAUAUUCAGAGAUUGAAACAUGUAUUGAAUGUUCAGCAAAGACCUUGAAGAACAUAUCUGAAAUGUUCUAUUAUGCCCAGAAAGCUGUAUUACAUCCAACUGCUCCUAUAUACUCUGUGGAAAAGGCAGAUCUGACAGAAGCUUGCAAGAAGGCCCUGGUCCGCAUCUUCAAAAUAUGUGACGUCGAUAAUGAUGGCCUUCUGAACGACAUAGAGCUGAACAACUUCCAAAGCAGGUGUUUCAACGCUCCACUCCAACCGCAAGUAUUGGACGACGUCAAAGCCGUGCUGAGGAAGAAUUUGGACGAUGGAGUGUGUCAGAAUUGCGUCACUCUGAAAGGGUUCCUUUACUUGCAUAGUCUUUUCAUACAGAGGGGGAGAAAUGAGACCACUUGGACGGUACUCAGAAAGUUCGGGUACAACGAUAAUUUGAAUAUGUCUAAGGAUUAUCUAUUUCCUAGUUUAAAAGUACCGUCGGGUUCAACGACAGAAUUAUCACAUAAGGGUCAUCAUUUUCUGACGCAUCUGUUUGACCGAUUUGACAAGGAUCACGAUCGUGCCCUAUCACCUGCAGAAUUUGAAGAGAUGUUCUCCACAUGUCCCACUCCCCCUUGGGGAGCCGACGUAGGGGCGAUGGUCCCUACUAACGAGAAGGGUUGGAUCACAUAUCAAGGGUACAUGUGUCAAUGGGCGUUGAUGACAUUAGUUGAUCUACCAAGAACCUUUGAAUACUUGGCGUACCUAGGAUACAAUGUAUAUGAAAAUGAAAGUCAAACCACAGCUGUGCAAGUUACAAGAGAGAAGAAACUAGAUCUGGCUAAGAAGCAGUCAAGCAGGAAUGUGUAUCAGUGCCAUGUGAUUGGACCAUCAAGUUCUGGAAAGUCUACUUUGUGUAGGAGUUUCAUCAAAACUCAACUAGACGGUAAGAACCUUCUGUCUGACAAAUCGACUGGCACUCCCACAUGCACAGUGAAUACAGUACAAGUGUAUGGUCAGGAGAAGAUACUAAUCCUGAGAGAUAUCAAUAUCAGGAAUGUAUCAGACCCACUGUUACCUCAUGAAGUUCAAUGUGAUGUGGCCUGUCUAACCUACGACGUCAACAAUCCAAAGUCUUUUGAAUACAUCGCUAGAAUAUAUAUUAAAUAUUUUGCUGAAAGCAAAAUUCCCGUUUUGAUCGUGGCGAGUAAAGAUGACUUGGAGGAAGUGAGGCAAGAGUACCUUUUGCAACCGGCAGACUUUUGCCAAAAAUACAAAAUUUUACCUCCGCAGAAGUUUAGUGUCAAAGGACAUCACAAAAGGGACGUUUUUGUGAAGUUGGCGACAAUGGCAGCUUUUCCUCCUUUACGCCGAAUGGUUCAUAUGUUACUGUUACGUCCGCAACCCACAGAAUGGUUGAACAUUUUUUACAGAAAUUUCCGAGACUUCGGCGUGAUUGUCAACGACACGACAGUGUGGUGGAAAGCGGGCCUUAGUCUCGCUGCAGUCACUGCUUUCGGUCUCCUGGUUGCUAAAGUACUUCACACGGAUAAAAUACGAUGAACGAAUAUUGUACAAAUAAAUGAUUAAGUUCGUAGUGAUUUGAUUUCGUUUGUAUUUAUGUAGUUAUUUGUAUUUUUGCUUUUGUUCUAAACGUAUCAGUAUUUUAUCCUGUAUGAUUCUUCCGAAUGAAUAGCAAUUUGUAUAAAAAUAUUAAGCUUGACGAAUUUCUUUUAUCUGGUAUGCCAAUUUAAACUUGACUUAUGUCCUUUCGUAAAAAAGACUCCUGAAGUUGUAUUUAGCAGGUGGUUGUAUAUGUUAUUUUGUGAUAUCAGGUCCGUUAGCAACUUGAUGAAAAAUACGCAAAAAAAAAUCGUGCAAUCACGAGUAAACGGUUGAUGCCAAGUUCUGCCAUGAUGUCAAUCAAAGCUUUUCUAAAGACCUCCAUACACGUGCGAACAUAUUGAGCGAACUUGGUGUGCAAACAGUUCGACCAUCUAUGGAGCUGUUAAUUUGUGCAAACACAGCUUGUUUGAGUGUUUGUUUGACGGUUUGUGCAAACUUUGGGCUAGUCAACUCCUGCUGCUCUCUAUUCCGUGGUUGCAAACGAAGUUUCGGUAAUUUCAGCUCUUCAAAGGAGACACCGCUUACAAGGUAUCUUAAAGUGGCCAACAAUCUCAGUUCUGGAGAUAUUGCGUCUCAUGACCGUGUUGUUUUUCACUAUGAGCGGUGUCACCAUUUCGAGUAGCUCGCUGAACGAAGCUGCGUCCUUUCGAAGAUAGUUUUUGUAGUCCGCAGCUGACGUUAUUUUGAGCUCUGUGACCCGGCAGUUAUGACUGAAUUCGCUCCUCUUCUGGAGCCAACUCUUUACCCACACUAUUUGCUUUCUUUAACUUUUAACCUUUUAACACCACAAAACGAUAUGAUGCGCAACAGGUUGCUACGUGUAUCUGCUAGCGUUUGUACAAACACCGAGUUUGUCCAAAUUGUUCGCACGUGUAUGGGGGGCUUAAGAGAAAAUAACAGGUUAUGAAUACAUUGAUCAUGUUUACACAGUAGAUAGUCAAGAGCUUCGAUAGCCAUAGAGCACCAUACUUCUGUGCGUAAAUGUUGUUCUGUGCCUGUUAACACUGUGUGCUAUAUGUGGCUAGGAGCCUUACAGGAUGUUUCCUAAUUGAAGGUCAAUAUUCGAGGCGGCGAUUUUUCAGUCCAUGAAAACUUGUAUUUCUUGACUUUUGAGAUACAGUGUAGUGGAGUCUUAAAAAAAAAAUAAUAUUUGCAAUUCCUCUUUAGAUAUUUUGGCAUACAUGUACUAUGUAUGAAGAGACGUAUUUAUUUACAUUUGCCUAUUUUGGCAAAGCGUUGAUGGUACGCCACUGAUUUCUCUUAAAAUAAAAAUAGUUCUGGAAGUCUCGAAAUUUCGUUAGUAAGACAGUAUCGCUAUGUAAAGAAAUGGCUGUUCUUUUUUGGAUGCGUCAGACUAAAAAAAUAUUCAAAUAUUUUUGUAAAGUCACUGGCACGUCACUUCAUUCAGGACUAUGUUAAUUGGGUAGACACUGGUGGCAAAUUAAAAAAAUAUAUAGUAAAUUAAAAAUGCCUCGCGGCACGUAGUAGUACGUGUAUGCCAAACUUCUUUAAAAUAUAGAAAGUGGUAUUUACAGAUAUUAAUAAUAAACUAUUUAAUUUUUCGAUUACUUCACCACCAGGCAUCUCGAAAGUUCAUAUAAAGUUUUCCAGAUUCAAAAAUCGCUCCCUUAACUAUUUACGUACAAUUAGAAGUAUAAUUGCUUGGCUACCUAUGGUGUAAACAUAGCCCUGUUAAAUAUUGAUGUCACCAAUUUUUGGAGUGAUAACAGUAUCAAAGAAUGUGUAGGAUCAACAAAUCGGAAAUUAGCAGUCUAAAAAAAUGGAAUUCCAGUGAUUAGAAUAGAAGACUGUAAAUAUAGCAAUUAACCCUAGUCCAGAAUUUGGGAUGUCAAUAUAUCCAGUUCAACAAACCCUUGUUUAAUAAAAAGUAACAAAAAUGCAAGCAUUUAAACAAGGAUGAUGCACUAUGUUGAGUUUUCCAUUGGUAUUAAUAAUUUCUUUUUUUGUGACUAUUGUAACCACACCAAAUUCGAGUCCGAAUUGGCGUUAUUUCAUGUACAUUUUUUUCCAUCCGUAAAGUCGGUAUUUGCGGCUCAUCCUGUAGUAGUCGAUUAUUUGCAUAUAUUGUAUUUCAACCACUUCACCUCGUUUGUUUUGUAUUUUUGAACGUAUACAAGGGUUUGAAGAAAAAAUACAAUCAGAUAUCAUACCGAUUCUAAUAUAUUGACAUGUAAUGUGGAUCAAAAGCUAACAUAUAUAUUUUAUAGAAUUUGUAGUCUAGUCGUUCCAUGAAAUAUACGCAGCCUUUUUGUAAUAUUUCAACAACUGCUCUGCUGUAUUUUUGUUUUGAUGGACUGAAAAAUGUUCAUGAAGUUUGUAAAAUAUUAUUUCUGAUGAUUAUUAAAUGAUUUUUCUUCACUAA